AUGGUGGAACCACGCGGGGCUGUGAGCUUGGCGCAGGUAGAGCAAGAGCUACUCAGUGCGGAAGCGUACUUGACAGCGAGCCAAGCGCUGCCCCCUCCUUCAGUAGCUUUUGAGGCCUUCAAGGAUGAAGAAUCAGGACUGAAGCAUGAGGACUCGAAUUUCCGUCGGAAACUGAAAGCACGACCAAUACUUUCGGAAGAGCGCCGAAGGGAGAUCCUGGCCAAAUUGUCGUCCGAGCGCCAGACUGCUUUGCGCACGCGCCAUGUUGACACUGUGGCUGGGGAUGAAAUGGGAUACCAAGUGACAGCAUCGGAGAAGAGGACGUACAGGACACCUGAAGAGCGCCAUGAACUUAUUCACAAGCUGCUCAGUGAACGAGACACGGAGUUUAAGGCCGAUUCUGGUACAGAUUUUCACUUUGGAGAGGCCUCCGUUCACCCCAUAGACGUUAGGCGAGGAGAUGAAUUGAGUGGGGAAUUUCAGCAUGAAGCAAUUGCGAAUAGAAGCCCUCCAAGCACCGUAUCCGAUGACAACGACGAAAUUUACUAUGCAUCGGAUAUACUAGACAAUACGACCGCUGCUGACAUCCAGCCACGAUCGAAGCUUGACUUUCUUUUCGAAGGGGAAGAAGCGCUGCAAACAUCGGAUCCUGGAUAUUCACCUGAAAUCUCUCUAUCUCAAACAGAAUUCUCGCACAUGGUGCCCAACAAAAAGACUGAAGUUGAUGAACCAGUGCCAUCGUCGCUAUUUGCAAAGCUAUUGCGGCAAGAACACGAAACAGAAGCACAGACACAAGCAAAUGCUGAAAUCAUUCCAAAGUCUUUUGUUGAUCAUCACGACUACGCUGAUGUGCCAUGGGUGCCAACUGAUGAACAUCAAGAAGAGCAGUUUGUGCAUUCGCAAGAUAUCCCACAUAUUGAUCAGCGCCGAGCAACGACGAAUAGACCAACAAGUCGAAUUGAGUUUCUAGCGCAACCUCGAAAUCAAACUUUUGCAGAACGCGAGAAACAGCGAUUACUCUUAGAGAUGGAGCAGCUUCGCGAGUGUACGUUCCAUCCAAACGUACUAAAGCCUCCUCGAUCAAUCUCAAAAGCUAAGAACAAGGAUCAGGGACGUCCUGGCACGACAGAUUUCCAAUGGCUUACUCUCAGUCCCCGUCAGAAGAUUUUCAGACGUAUUGAUGAUUCAAACGACAAGGAGAAUGGCAGUCAAAAUGUUAUCCAGAGGCUGCAUUUGGACGGAACAGUGCGCUACGAAUUACGAGAGCAAGCUCGACAGGCAUUAGAGGCUCAACAACUUCAAGAAUGUACGUUUAUACCCAAGAUUAAUCCAACGUCGAAGUCGAUGUUCAGUAUGGUUGACUACAAGCCAAUUCACCAUCGGGUUCCUGAUCUCCAGCGCGCAAAGGCUGAAUAUAUCGAGCGCAUUCGUGAGCAGUUGGACAAGGAAGAGUGUGGUCCUCUAUCAUUUACCCCAACGAUCAACCCCAAGAGCAGAGAAAUCGCAACCAACAGAUUAGCUGAAAGAGAGGCCGAGCUUCAGGACGCAAAACAUCUUAAAGUAACAGACCGUCUAGCAAAUGAUGCCGAUGAGAUAGCGGAGCGGAAGCUAGCCACUCAGGAAUAUUUCGAUAUGCUGAACGAGCAGCCAUUCGCCCCACAAAUUAGUGAGACCUCGAGGAAAAUCGUCGAGCAAAAGCCCGAGUUUAAGAUGAACUUUGUAGCACGCCAAGAGUAUUUCCAGUAUCGCGACCAAGAGAAGAUGGAGGCUCUUGAAGGGUUUUGCGAAAUGGAAGAUACUCGAGGAGAGAAACUCACCUUUAAGCCGGAUAUUGGCAAUGCAGACGGCGUGUUGAAACAUUUGCGACCUGAUCGGUGUAGCGAAAGCAGUCAACAGAAGUUGUAUCGACUCACAUACAACGAUCAACGAGAAGCUGAGCUGAAGAAGCAGCGUCUGCGAGAGGAACAGUAUGCACAAUACACCUUUAAGCCAGAAAUCAAUCCCGUCUCGAAGGCGCUCGGCAGAUCGUCAACUCUGGACGAGCUCUCACACCCCGUGAUCGAUAUCCAACCUGACCCACCAGGCUCAAAAUGUUCACCGCCCCAAGAAAGACGAAAUGGUAACGAUAUCUCAACCAGAGUGGCAUUGAGGAGCUACUUUGCCAACAAACGCUUCCGUUCCCGUGUUGCCCUCGAAAUGGAGGAAGCAAGUAAAGCUGAAUGCACUUUUCAGCCAACGCUAGUAGCAUCCAAACAGCGCGAUGGCUGUGCCAGCACAAGUAAGCUGCAUAAUCGAGAGCCACGAUCGAGGACGAAAUUGGAAUGGCAAUCGGAAAACCUUCUUCACCUCAUUGAAGCGGAACGACAGAAGAAAGCAGAUGAGAUUGAAGCGAAACGGAACGCUCAGGAACUAAAGGAGCUGGAAGAAUGCACUUUCAAGCCUAACCUGCACAAGCCAAGGACGAGAGGAAAGCCAUCAGCUAAUGGAUCACCUUCCCCUCCACGAGGCACUGUUGCUGAAGAGAAGCCGGUGAUUGUUCGUGGCCUAGGGCGUUUUCUUGAGCUCCGAGACCGCGCUCGACAGCAACAAGCGGAACAAAAGCAGCGAGAGCAAAAAGUAUUUGCUCCAAACACAUCUUACGAACCGCGUAGCUAUACGGUGCCGAAACCAUUCAAGCUUUCAGAAACCAGCAAAGAAUCAAUUCGUCGACGACUAAAGGUGCGCGAGGAAAUGCGCGCCAAAGAGCGACAAGAAUGCACGUUUAGACCGCAGACUAUUUCAUCACAGAAUCGGCGCGUCCUACAAAACUUGCUGAACAAUUGAAGAAUGAAACGUAACAUUUGCGGUAGCUGUAU